UUGGAUGUUAUAAUCCUACUACACCUGCGAGAUAUUUCUUUUUUCCAGGUUAUUGCAAAGCGAUAUGAAUGCAACGAUGUUCCGGGUUUUGUUCGGAAGCUGUACAUUGUACGGGAUAAGGCCAGAGAGCCUCGCGUGAACUCUCAUAUUGCGGUACUGACGUAUCAUUGGAAAUCGGAACCGGCGAUCGCCAAAGCGAACAGAGAUGCUAUAAUUAGCAGGAAACAACGAGCAGAACAAGUCGAAGCAGAAGAAGGCCGUGCAAUGUUGGAAAGUGCAGAUCCAUCGCCGCUUCGUUUGAAACGCCCAACUGGAAUUAGUUUACGCGGUAAUGGAAGGAUAUUGAGGCCCAAAGCAAUUCCGAUGAUCCACGCGUUGUCACGAGUUCGUUUAUCACAUACGGAUCAUUUGCGCCGGCUUGCUCUCACGAAAAAAUCUGAAAACCUUUGCCGUCUUGCUGCAAUACUCGAUCGAGCUGAACCCAUUCUGGAGCGAUUUGAACAGGAGGACCCUCCUGCAGGUGUAUCAGGGGCUCCAACGGAGGACAACAUUCUUGCAUGGGAAGCGAUUAUUUUCGGACCCCAAGACACCCCAUUUGAAGACGGUACUUUCAAGCUGUCAUUGGAAUUUACUGAAGAGUACCCUAACAAACCACCAACGGUGAAGUUUAUUUCGAAAAUGUUCCACCCGAAUGUGUAUGCGGAUGGAUCGAUUUGUUUGGACAUCUUGCAGAAUCGCUGGUCGCCAACCUAUGACGUCGCGGCGAUUCUGACGUCUAUACAAUCGUUGCUGGACGAGCCAAAUCCCAACUCUCCAGCAAACUCUCAUGCUGCUCAGCUGUAUCAGGAGAAUCGCCGUGAAUACGAGAAACGUGUUCAACAGAUUGUUGAGCAGUCAUGGCUGAACUUUGGCGAGAAUGAGGGUGAUAUGGAAGUGAAAGAUGGUAAUGACGAUACGGGAAACAACGACGAAAUGCCAUCAGCUAGUGGAUCAAACUAA